AUGACUAAUAGUAUUACAGAUAAUUAUUAUGGUUCCCCGCAAGUUUUCAUACAGGCUAUGGCGUUAAAGUUCCCUCCACAAAUUGAAAUAGGAAAAAAAAAGAAACUGUUACCAUCUAGUCAAAUUUCCCUCAUGGCAUCACUGAUGUCCUCCUUAACCUUAUCAGCCCCAAAAUCCUCAAAUAAGAUAGUACCAUCAAAAUAUGCUCCAAGUAGUAUCACAGACACUUUUACUAGUCCUUACCAGUCUAAACAGGAUUCUGACCAAUCAGAAGGCAGCGAAGAUGAAGGGGGACCAGUGAUGACUCUAUCGGGGGAUGAAAAAGGUGCAGGGAGUUCGUCAAGUGAGGAAGAGCAGAGACCUUCAUCUGACAAAUCAUAUUUCACUGAUGUUUGUGAUAAAGAUGAUCUUCGAAGACGAGGAUUUCCUCUCUCAGAAUCUAAGCCUGGAAGGGGAUAUGAUCCUUACGUGGAUUAUGAACCUUAUCCAAGGAAUCCUUACGAAACACCUCAGUAUCGAAGGUGGCAAGAAUCAAGAUAUCCAUAUUACCCAGAAGAAAUGGGAUACAUGCCCCCACAGAUUGAUCCCCGAUACUCAGAGCCAUAUGGAACUGGUGGUGUGUUCAGACGCCCCCCUGGUUUUAAAAUGGACAGAAGAAGAACAAUUGAUUACAGAUCUAAAUAUGGACAGCAAAGUUACCCUGCUUAUAAUUCAGCAUAUAUGAGAUCUGGUCCAGCCAGACCACGCCCACCAGAGACUAUGACAAGAGCUGAGUAUGAGAUGCAAAGAAUGGAUGAACCUCGGGGGAAGUAUGGUCAUCCAUAUAAAGGACCAUUCUACACUGAACCUAGACGUCCAUAUUUUCCAAAGGCAGAGCCAUGGGCAAGGCAUCCAUAUGGUUUCCAUCCAGAGGAACACUAUAGCUCAUAUCGAGUACAUGAAAAAGCGCCAGUUGUUCAUAAAAGUAAAUAUCAGAAAAGCAAAUCCACGACUGACCCACCAGUCCGAUCCUUCAGCAGUGAUGCAGUUGAAGUGAUAGAUUACUCCAGAGAAGUGCCAGAGGAAGUUCCUCCACCAAAGCCCAGGCAUGCAGCCCAUACAAAACACAGCAUAGCAGAUGAUUGCUUGGUAGUGGACAUGAAUGAGUUUAGGAAACCGAAACCUAAACGGAAAAAAAGAUUACCGAAGCAUUUACCAGCACAGGAAGAGAUAAGCAUAGUUACGGAAUCAAGCGACAAUGAAAGCUUAAUGCAAUAUCCUACCAGAGCUGUUCCUUUUAGUCAGUUCUUAGUGACUCCAGCUAAAGUCUCAAAGCAGAUGCAUAGAAUUGCUGCCAAGCAGAAGACUAAGAGGUUGAAGCCAUCCAUGCUACGAUCAAAAAAGAUUCUGAAGAGGGCCAUCCACAACAGCAUUAUGUCUGAUUAUGAAUCUUCUAUUUGUGGGGAUCCACAGAUGGUUUCUCCGGAUAUUUUGAACUUCUCAACUGAAGCAGUUUAUGGAACGAGCCAAGUCAGUUUUGAAGAACCCAAUCCAUCACCAAAGAGAUCAAUGAGUGCUCCAAAAGCAGGCAGGUCAUUUUCCAAGGAUAGGAAGCUUGGAAAGGGUUCAUCAGUAGCACAAAAAUCAAGAGGAAAAGAAAUUUUGUCGGUUAAGCCAGGCGCAAAGUUGUACUCGUUUAAAGACCCUGUGGAUGAUCAGAGGUUUCUUCCUGAAGUUCCAGCGAUUUUUAUUGAUGAUUCUGUUGAUAGAGGAACAGCUGAAGAACCUUACGAAGAUUUCUACGAACAGACUUGUGAAGAAAGUGACAACCUGUUUGAUGCUGAGGAUGAUGAGGAUGAGCCUGAAAAACUAGACAAGGAUGUGGAUGCUGUGCAAGAUGAGAAUCUGGAAGAGUAUGUCAAUUAUGCUGAAAUGGAGGAAGAGUCUGCUCUGGAGUCUGAAUCAGAAGACAAUCAAGGUUAUGGAUUCGAAGAUGAUGAAGUAGUUGUAUUGUCUGAUUCUUCUGAAAAAACUGCAUCAGUUGUCAAUCCAUUUGCGGAGCCAGAAACAGAAGACCUGGAAGAAUAUGAAAGGGUUUCUGGAGAUGCAGCUCAAAAGUCUCAACUAAUUCAUGAAGGCCUUGAUGAUGAUCCUGAUAUUGUUAAGAAGAUGCAUUCAGGUCCACCUUUCAAGAAAACACAAAAAUCACCAAAAGUCUCUAAAUCAAAGAAGGAUAUUCAUGAAGACACCAAAGAUCUUAAGAAGUCUCAAAGAUCGAAAGAAAGUGGAUCACCAACAAAAAUGCAAACCAAUAAAAUUGGACAGAUAACGGAGAUGAAAAGCAAAGUUUCUAGUGAUACCCCUCGAGAGGUACUGAACAUCAUCAAUGUCAAAGAGCCCAAUUUUGGAGGUUUUCCCAAGAGGAAAUACAGAUCUGCAAAGGCCAAAGAAAAGGCUUCCAAAGAGUUGCCUGUAGAAUCACAAAACCAGGCGGAAGUUUUGGCAAAUGAUGGGAAGGAGGGCCACUAUACACGUCCCAAAACACUUAAAAAGCAGAAAUCUCCAAUUACCAACAUAUCUCCAAUGUCAAAAACAUCUCUAUCACCCAAGUCAUCCAAAUCAAAAUUUCAAACAAUGAGAGGCUCUGGUGGUCCAGAAAAGAUAUCUCAAGUGGACCAUGAGGAACUUUGUCAUGACCCACCACCAUCAGGGCAAACGUUGGAUUCCACAGAACAGAUUGAGUCUCAUCAGCCAUCAGUUCCAGUAAGAAUCCAAAAAUUGGUAAAGGCUAGAUUAGCUGUGCAUGGGCCAAACAAUAAUGAUUUUGGAAACAGUUCUGAAAUUGGAUCUAAAAUUAAGAAGUUCAUGUCUGCAAAAUCAAAAUUAGUAGAGAACACAUCAGUAGAAGAAUUGGAAGUGAUUACAGAUGAUAAAGUUGAUCUUGAAUCUUCUCCUCAAAGACCUGAAAUUGUUCCUAGAGUCAAAAAAUAUAAAGCUGCAAAACCGUCCAUGGUACAGCCAGAAGAACCACACUCAGCUAAUUCUGAUGAUGAGCAUGCUACUGAAAAUGGCCAAGUUGAUCACGAAAUGCAUGAGCACUCAAUUCCCCAGCUCAAAGAUGUCCUGAACAAGAAAAUAACAGUUCCUUGCAACUACCUAAACUCUAUUGUACUUCCUGUUGUGGUCAUGAGAAGGGCCUUGGUUCAUACUCGAACUAUUGCAGGGGAACCAAUCUAUGUCCGUGCUAUCAGAACACAAAUCAAAAAAGAAAAGGAUCAUAUAGUGAGCAUUAAAGUAUUUGCAGAUCCUUACAAUUUUUCUGAUGAUGAGAGUGUUCCUAGUGUUAAAUCAUCUCUCGGAAGCAGUUCAGAUUCAGAAAUUCGCUAUUCACUUGUUGAACCCAAAGAUCUGCCAAAAGAGAAUUCUCAUAAUAUAGAAAUGGAAGGUGAACAGGAAAAUAGUUCCGGCUCAUCACGCCAGAUCUUUGAUGAUGCCAGUGACAUCUUAGGACAUCUGUCGUCAUCAGAUGAAGACAGCAAUACUCUGUACUCUUUGGCUGAAGAUGCUGUUGAGUUCACUGAUGAUUUGGAAAACAAGGAUGAAGAAAUAGCUGAGAACCAGUCUGAAACUUAUCAAUCAAAUCAAGAGGAAGCCAAAAAUGAAAACGAAAUGGAUGUGCAACAAAAUUCUGAGGAAAAUAACAAAGGCAACCAAAAUGGUGUGAAAUUUUAUGUCUCAGAAAGACUUUUACAAUCCGUGCCAACUCAAGAACCAAUUUGUUCAAAAAUUCUAAGAAAUCAAAAAUCAGAUGAAACUAAAACGUCUGUGAAAGGUAGGAAAAGACGGAAAAGUAAAGAAAACACUAGAAACUCUUCUGCUUCACCAAACUUGCAGAAGUCUCCAACAACUAGUCCAAAGUCCUCAAAGAAAGGAAGACAGAGUGGCAGCAAAGUCACUCCCGAAGUUCUAACUAGUGACAUCAAUGAGCCAGUCCAUGUGAAAAAGAAAAGGGGAAGACCAAGGAAAGAUAGAUCUCUGACCAGUCCAGGGCUCAUAAACCAAUCUACUUCUUCUGAACUAGGCUCAGUCCAGUCAAUAAAGAUGAGCAUACCAAAGUCAUCCAUGUCUGAGAAAACUACCAGGGCUUUGGACAAGUUCAUGGAGUCAAGUGAGUCAACAGCUUCUGAUACUGUUUAUACUGAAGAAGAUCAACCUGGUACUCCUGAACUUUUUGCAGAUGCUGAAGAUUUGGUGGAAAAGGAUCAAGAAAUAACUGGGCAUAAUUUGGAUGAGGAAAUUCAAAUGGAUGAGAAGGAACAAAAAGCUUCAGAAAAGUCAUCACAUGAUUCUUUGAUGAAACCACAAACUGAGGAUCUCAGAGAUUUUCACAAUGCUGAGAAAGCUGUUUCAAUAGAAACAGAUGAAGGUGUAGUUCAGGACUUUGCUACUAAAUCCACAGCUUUGUCUGAUAGUAGUUCUGAAGAGUCUGAGGAAUUGUUUGAACAAACUUCUUUGGAUGAAUCAACUGCUAAAGAACUACAAAAGAAGAAACAAUGUUGUCAGGACCAAGAAGAAAACCAGUCAAUAAAAGAUGCACCGGAAACAAACAAAGAAACAUUUGAAUCUGGAAAUGUCGUGGAAGUCCAUUCAGGGUUUGUUGAAGAUGUUCCUGAGAAUUCUCUUCAUGAUGGUGCUGGUAUCUCCAAAUCUUCCCUUCAUGUUGGGCCGAAAGAACCCAAAUUAAAAUCGCCAACAAUAUCAAAGAGCAAAUCUGUGAUAUCUUGUUUAAAGGCAGAUGUAACUGGUAAACAACCAAGCACAUCUACACCAAAAUUUUUCCUGAACCAACAUCAAUGUCUCCAAACAGGAUUAGCAGACAUAUCAGAAGAGUCAAGCUCAAUGGAUGAGGGUAGCAAGCCUAUAUCCAGAGGCAAAGUCAAAUGGAACAAAAAAUUCAGGAGAGAUGUCCUUAAGAAGUCAAGAAAUAAUAGCUCAAAGGAUCAAGCAUCAACGUCGAAAUCUGAAUCAAACUAUGAAGCUCCUAUUGCUGACACAAUCUCAGAUAUUUCAUCAAUUUCAUCUAAUUCGUUCGUUCAAAAAAAUGAUUCUUUGAGCAUAACUGGUGUCCAAUACAUGAGCUCAAGUAUGGAGGAUGAGGAAGAGGAUUAUACUCUGAACGAUGAUGGGUCAGUUCUUUGCGUAAUGGAUCCGCCCACUUUCAUCAAGUCCAGCACUGAUACUGUUAAGAAGGCAGCUGAUAGCACAAGCGAUUUGGGAAAGGUGAGAACCCAGAAGAGACAUGUCAGUGCCAGAGAGCUUCAGAAGCAGGCAAAUGACCAUUGGAAAAAGAUUGCCCAGGGUCCCUCUUCCUUGUAUUAUGAUAUGGCAUUAGAAAAAAAUCACUCAAAUCCUAUAGACCUCACUGAUGUCACGACCAAGAACUUGCCAUCCAAUGGGUUCCAACUGAUCAGCUCGUUCGAGAGCUUCGAUCCAAAUCUUGAUGAGGUCACAUCCCAACAGAAGAUCCAGAAAGGUGCGCAUGAAAUUGAAGAUAUCUUGGAGAAUAUGUCAUCUCUUCUGGACACUUUGUAUGGUCAGAAAAUGGAUUCUGAUUCUGAUGAAGACAUAGGUGCAUCAAGGAACUUGGUAUCCAGUGUCCAGAAUAAGAUAUCUGAUGCAGAGGAGGUCCACAACAGCUUUUCACAUAUACCAGAUGAAGAGCGCCAAACUGCUGAUGCUUGUGUAGGAUCUGAUCUCGAUCAGGCCACAGCUGUAGCUGACCAACGUCCUCCUCUUUCAGAUAAAGAAAAGAGUCAAAUCAAGAGUCCAAGAAUAGCCAAAAGUAUCACACCACAAAAAAGUGCUUCUCCUUUGCCUCUGCAAAAAAAAUUAGAUCAAGCUGUCAAAUCUCCAGCUGUGAAGAAACUGAAUCUUUCUGAUCCACAAGGUCAAUCCAAAAGCAAGCCUAGUCCUAUUGAUGAGAGUUUGGCUGAUUCAAAACCUGGACAUAAGACUGAUCCACAAACCCAAUUUAAUCCUCAGACUGAUUCAGAAGCACAUCUGGAAGAGGUUGAGGCUGCCUUUGAUCAAAUUACAGAGGCCAAACUUUGUCCAAAUACUGGUUCCCAAGCGCAAGAGCCUAUGGAAGACACUAAGACUGCCACAGAUCAUGAACAUGGACAGUUGGAUGAUGAGAGUGAUUCUAGAACACUUUCGAUUAGCGACAGUCUUUUGUCUUAUACUCAGAUGAACGAAACAACCCAGAAAUCUAUGGACAAAAGUUUGAAUGCCCAAGUUGUGAUUGAGCCAUUAGAAAAGAAAUUGAUAAUUGAUGGUAUAGUUUGGAAAAGAAAAGGAUCAAUCUGGAAAUCUUCCUCGUCCAACUUGGUCAAGACAUCUUUGGAGAUCUCUCAGUUCCUGAAAGACAUGCGACAAGAUGCUAAACCAAAAGACAGCAGUACCAAACAGAGACAAGCUAGCACAUCAACUAAAGAACUGACAGAGUUUGAGAGAGCCAUCAGCAGUCCUAAGAAUUUAGUCAAGAAAGUCAGAAAAAUUAGGAUCAAAAGAUUACCCAUUGAAGAAUCUGAAACUUACAAGAUUGACAAUGCAAGUACGAAAGCCACAAGUCCAGAAAAGAUCAAAUGGAGUCCUAGAAAGGCAACGAGUCCCCAAAGAGAGAUAACAAGUCCGAAAAAGGUGAUGAUCAGCCCCAAAAAGGUUACCAUAUUGAAGCCAAAAUCACCAAGUCCAGAAAUUCAAGCACCAACUUCUAAAUUGGCCCAGAAUAUCUUAAAGAAGAAACAAAUAGAAGCUGAAAAGUUGCAGAAAGCUGAAGUAAAUGUUGUAUUGGAACUUCCUGGCUCAUUUGAGUCCAUCCUGUCGAAAAAAUCAUCACCAGUGAAGGCAACAAAACAUAAACCCAAGUUUGAUUCCAACUUUAAAAUCCCUAGCAAGAAAAACUUAGCUGAAGGAGAAGAAAGUGAAUUUGUUUCACCUCUUGAAAAAGGAUACCAGGAUGAUUCUACCACCUCCUUUGAGUUUCAGACCAACAAAUCUACAAGUUUGCUUCAAUCUGGAAGAUCAGUUAUGGAAAAAUCUGGUUUUGUCUUCGGUGACACGAAGAUCAUUCGUUCACCUUUUGCAAGAAAAAGUACAGCAAGUGCUGAAACCAGUAUCCCUAUUUUUACGUCAAAAGUCAGAAACAGUCCUCAUCCUGAGGGUGACUUCCAAAAAGAGAAGUUACUUAAGAAUUUGGAAUCUGCUUUCUCCUCCAAACCGUCCAAAAGCUUCACGUUUGGUGCCUCCUUCUCAUUUGAUCAAAAAUCUUCAGAAGCUUUCAGCACUUCCUUGGGAUUCCUGAAUUCAAAUUCAAAACCAUUGUCUGUGUCCUUAUUGGCUGAAGAGAAAUCUAAGUGUCCUGUAUCGCCUUCAGGUUCCAUAACCUCUACCUCAAGCAGGUCUACUAUCUCAUCUGUCAACAAAAUAACAGUCAAGCGUAAACUUAUUGAAUCUUUAGGCACUAGUUUCCUUUCUUCGAAGAAGUUGAAACUUUCCGAAGCUAGCAGCAGUACCCCAAAAUAUCCUGCCGCUUCAGCCAAACCAGAACUCAUUGAAUCUUCAAUCAAAUCUGCUGAAAAGCCUCUCUGUAUUGCCAAGUCUCCAAGGACUGAAAUGAGUCUGUCCAAAAGCUCUCUAGGCACUGACUUCCACAUCUCAAAAACCAAAUCUUUUGGAUCAAAGAAUGUCAAACUUGAACCAUCAGUCCAGAUCAUGAAAAAACUGGACACUCCAAAAUCAAAAUCUCCAUCAAGACCUGGAUCAAGAUCAAUUUUAAAGGCAGAAGAAGAUGAAAGUGCCUUUAUGACUAUUGACCAAACCGGAUUCGAAUCGAAACUUGCAUCGUCUUUAGAAGAAGGGGAACUAAGGGACUCAAUGUUAGGAUCUGAUUCAGAUGAAAGGGGAAACAACUCUGAUGAAGAGGCAGAGAUUAAUUCUGAAAGUGAGAGUAUUGAUGAUACAAGUCAUGUUUCAAGUUCGAAAAUUUCUGACAUCAAGGGCAGUAACUCUCUAACUGCUAAGCCUGAAAAGAAUCAAGAAGGUUCGUCAAUUUCAAAAGAAAACGAAGAUAAUGAUGAGAUGAUGAUGAUUCGAAGAUUGUCAGGAGAGAUGAAGAGUACAGUGAAGAAAGUUCGGAAGAUGACGAAGACAAAGAGACCAAAAGUCGUGUGGAGACCAGUCAAGAUGAGAGUGAAUCAGAGAGUUCGGAAGAGGAGAAGACUGUCGUGGAACCGCUACUGGAUCUUUUGGAAGAAUAUGAAGACGAGUUUAUGGAUGAAUAUGUGGCAGAGUAAUGAGAAAGAGACUAAGAAAAAGAAGCCAGCCAUCUUGGAUGACGAUUUAGAUGAGUCUUUGUCUGAAAUCAAGGUACCAGAAGACCAGGACAAGACAUCAGAUUUGGAUUUAGAUCCUGAAGUUGGCAAUUCUCCUGAGUCGUCUGUGAAAGAACAACCUGGACCACCUCUCAUUCAGAAUCCAUUGAAGAUGAUUCCAAAGUCCUACUGUUUUAAUUAUGUGAGAGAUCCUAACAGUUGUAGAAAUACUGAUUGUCAUUUUAAACACCAGAGACCAAGCAAGGAAGAAUGUACUCAACACAUUUCCAAUGAGAUUCAUGUAGCCAUUAAAGAAAACCGACCCAAAGAUGCUGUAGAUUAUUUUAUGGAGUUUGAAAGAGCUGGAUAUGGAAUAAUACACCAUUAUGUAAAACCUGUAUUAUUUUGCUGUUAUCAGCUUGGCUUCACCUAUACACCUAUAGCCCAUAAUCUACUGGGUGUGCUGUUUAACUUGGAACUACUGGAUGCAGAUAUUUGUGACGGGUUUAUCCAGUGCUGUAGUGUAAAACGAAGAGAGUUUAGUAAACUAUUAUGGGAAAUAUUUGAGGUUAUCCAGUCUUUGAAUAUUCAGCCCACUCCUGAAUCGAUUCUCACUUUGUUAAUGACGUUCUAUGAGUGUAAAUUUGUGAAAGAGUUAUUUGAAGUCAUGAUUUACAGCAACGAACUAGAUUUUACCAUUCCUUUAAUCAUUCGGAACUUUGCCUUGACGGAAGCCUUGAAUAACCCAGCCGAAUAUUUUACCUAUGCUGUGAAAUGGGUUCAACAAACAAACGAAGAAUUUUUGCUUGAAUUUGAUCAUAAGAUGCUAGAACAGCUAAUCAACAUGUUCUCACAAAGUAAACAAAUGGAAUUGGUGGAAACAUUGAAUGUCAUACGAGUCAGAAAGCUCAGGUUAAAAGAUGAAGCUCCUCAAAUUGAAGAACCAGAAAUUGAUCGUGAGGAGGCCAGGAUCCAGGCAGCUACCAAUUUUGAUACUCCAGAACUUCAGAAAGAAGAAAAGACCUCCCAUGCCCACAGAAUUCAGGGAUGUAAGUUAUCAUAUAAUUGGGAAUAUUUAGCCCAGAUAUUUCUGGACCUGUGUGGCACAUCGUGGCCGAGAAAUACAGACUAUAUAGAUCUCUAUAUUGAUACUCUCACUUCACCAAAAACAGAGACUAAAAUAUUAGAGGCUUUUAAAAAAUUCCUGGAGAAGCUUCAAGAAAUUGUUAAAGUUGAAAGAAAUCAUAACGUGUUGUUGGAGUUUGAUACAAGAUCGUUGAGUCAGAUUUGUUGUGGUAUAAUACAGUUCUGUUGUAAUAAACAUUAUUAUAUUACUGGGUUUAACAUUCUAGAACAACUAAUACAGUAUGAUAUAAAAAUCUGUAGCCGUUCUCCACACACCAUCCACGAACCAUUGUUAAAUAUUUUAGAGAUCUGUAACCAAGUUUCUAUACCACUAGCUGCUGUUAGAGUCUUAGAAGAUUUAAAAUGGCUGAAAUAUAACCAAGAAACAGUAAAAGAUGUGGAUAAAUAUGGUCAUAUUUUAGAUGAUCUGAUCGUCAAGUCCGUUAGCAAGAAACUCAAUUAUCAAGCCUUCCAACUCUUGUCUUUUCUGAUACAUAUUCUAGAAUCAGGUGGAAGAGAUGUUGAGGAACUUUCUAGUCUUAAAGCUCAUUUUAAUGAGAUUGUGAUGUCCAGUCUUUCAAAAGGUGUUGUUGAACCUGCGCUUAAAACAUUCCAAUUAGAUCGUGAGAAACAUCGGAAAAAACAUUUGUUAACACCCAUCACUUUACGAUCAUUAUUCGCUGCUCUUUAUCAAAUAGGUGAUAUAGAGAACACUCAACGGGUUUUCAACUACGCCAUGGCCCGCGAGGACAUUUAUAUCACACAAGAAAACAGACGACAGAUUGUGAUUGGUUCAAAUUUAACUUUUGGAGAAAUUGAUUUUCAAAUUCGGCAUUAUCUUUUACAAAUGUACAGACUGUUUUGUAACAAGACUAUGUCUGGAGAAGUGCUAUCUUUUGACGAAUUAAAAAUAUCCAUUAUUUUAAAACGUGAGGAUUGUGCCAAUGUACCAUUCUUGUCCACGGCCGCACCUCAAUGUCAGUAUGCAGCAUUAGAGUUGAUUAAGCUUUCAUUGGCUAAUUUGAAUCCACCAAUCAGCUACCACCAGAGAUUUACUGCACCAAUGAAUGGUGGAAUUUUCUUUCUCAAUCCAACUGAUGUUCAGAAAUACAUGCAUACGUUAGAUUCUCAAGAAAUCAAACAAGGGCUGAGAUUUACUCCCAGUUCAUCUCAAUGUGUAGGAAGAACGUCAGGUCCUUUAUUACCAAGACAUGGUUAUCCAGAUCGAAACCGAUUUCACUUUUCGGGACAUGCCCAUAAUGUACGCCAGCCACGAUUUCAACCGAGAUCUAAAUCUUUGCGCUGGAAUUGAAAAAUUAGAAAAAUUUGAGUGAAUUUGUCAUUAGUUCUGAGUGUUUUUGACAUGAAUUUUGUGUAAAAUCCUCCUGAAAGACAAAAAAAAUGAUAGAAUUGACGGAGAAACAUUUGUUUUAGUAAGUUUAUUAAUGGUGACAUAUUGUCAGAAGCUCUGGAUGAUGACGUCACUAGAGGUUAACCCUUUCAACCCUAGCGGCCGGUUUACCAGCCACACACUAACACAAUAUAUACCCGAGCAGCCGGUCGUUGCUAAGUGACAUCAUACAACGUUAACGUCAUACGCUUUUACUUUUAUUACUUGGAGUUCAGGGUAUAUAACUUUAUAUUUCAUUUACACUCAGUCUUCAAGGGAUUAAGAAGUGAUGAAGAAGAACUAUGGACAUAUUUUACAUAAUUUUGUGACAUUAUGUGUUCUAAAAUCAGCAUUUAAAAGGUGAAAAGCAUUUUGUUCUGUUAUUUUUUUUAACUUUUAAUGUUAUGCCAUAAUGUAUGGUUAGUGUACGAAAUGAAAGGGAAAAAGAUUUAUGUGAGAAAGUGAAAUUAGAGUAAUAAGGGACUGAGGCAAGUGCCAAAGACUAUGAUUUGUGUUUUAUAUGUUAUGGUUUGUUUUAAGAAACAUGGAGUGUUUCAGAAAUAAUUGAGAUACAGAUAUAAAAAACCCUAUUUAAAAAUGUGGUAAAAGAUAUGAAAAUUUAUGAAAACCUCGAGAUAUAUGAUUAAAGAUAAAGUUGAGGUACUUUCAUAAUGGGUAGUCCUUUUAAAUUUAUAGUAGUUAAUUUUACAUAAGGAAUAUUCCAUUCCCAGAUAUCUGGGUUUCCAUAUUAUCCGCAACAGGUUACCAGUACCGAGCAGGGAUAUUUAUGUAUUGUUCAAAUCAUGGAUUUAAACUGUUUAUUUAGAAGUAAUUAGCUCUAUUUAUACCAGACUUUCAGUACAGACUGUUCAUGUUCAAGACCUCUCGACAUUUUGAAAUUGAAGAAGAUUGGGCUAAUGUCGCUGUCCUGGCUAAAUUUCCCUCAUUACACACUGCAUGACAAUGCCUGUCUUCAAUAGCCAUAAGGUGCAGAAGAGUAGAAUGUAAAACUCCGUUCAUUUCUUUUUCAUUUUUUGGUGCGUUCACAAUAAACAAAAAUAAAUGACUAAUAAAAUAUGGACAUGGAUGUGGUUUAUUUUAUGUUUAGGAAAUUUUGUUCAAUGUACUCUACCGUGUUUUAAGAAAAAUUUAAGGGUUUGAAUCUUUGCAAUACUUCUAGAUUUCUGCAAACUAUUUUAGAAAAGUUCAAAUAGUAUACUCAAGUCUUAGAAUUAAUUUGUAGUUUAAAUUCCCUGUUGAAAUUUUUUAUAAUUUUCGCAUUAAAAUUUGACUUUCGUUGACAUAUAUUAUUUAGAUGUUAGAAUUGAUUAAAGGGUUAUGGUGGUAGAAAGAUUUCAUUGUUAUUUUUUAAAUCUGUUAUAACCUAGUUAGUUUUAAAAUGUUGAAGGGAAUUCUAGUUUAAUUUCAAAGUGUAACACUGGGUAUAUUAUGUGUAAUAUUAUAUCUAUACCUUUUUCAUAAUUUAUAUAUGUUUUCUUCCUAUCAGGCCUAACUUAGGCCACCUAAGCUCGGAGAGACACCUCUCAUUUUUUGCUUCCCCUUCAGGCAGUUUCUAAAUAAUCCCCUGAAAGUACUUUAUAGAAAUCAUAAUAAUGUACCACCAUAUUACAGUCCCAAAUCGAAAGCUGCAGUAUGUCAGAUUAAUGUUAAGACACAAAAACUGCAUUUAGUAUCCUUAUAUCCUUUUAUCCAUCAUUGUGUCUAUUAAUUAAUCUUAUUUACCCCAUUUAAUGCAUAGAAAAUGCAUCUAAUUAUAAUUUUCUGUAUCAUUUAUUUUGUUUCAAAUUCACGAACAGCUGUGAAAUAAAACAACUUAAACUC